GUCACGAGUUGCUGCUGGGAGGGAGGUGAUCAUCAUUAUUCUCAUUCCCAUUGUUCGUCUGGGCUUCUAUUGGACUUGAAUCUCUGUGAGAGGUCAAUCAAUGACCCAUCGCCCAACAUGGCUCGAUUCUCCCAUCAGCUCAAGAUACAGGUCGCCAUCUUGAUACUGACCAGGUUGGCAGAGCCGAUCACAUAUACAGUCAUCUUCCCGUUCAUCAACCAGAUGUGUCUUGAGCUCGGUGUCACGGACAAUAGCGACAAGGUCGGAUUUUAUUCAGGCUUGGUGGAAUCCACAUUUGCAUUCGUUCAAUUCUUUACAGUAUAUCAUUGGGCAAAACUAUCAGAUCGCAUCGGACGCAAACCAGUCAUCUUACUAGGUCUCACAGGUGUGGCGAUCUCCGGGACGCUAUUUGGACUAUCCACAAGGUUCUGGAUGAUGAUAGCCGCCAGAGCCAUCUCUGGUGCACUCAAUGGCAAUGUCGCCGUCAUCAAAGCCAGUCUUGGCGACAUUACGGACGAGUCCAACUCGACCGAAGCUUUUGCCCUCUAUGGCCUUACAUGGACAGUGGGCUCCAUGAUUGGCAACUCGAUCGGCGGAACCCUUUCGCACCCAUUCGAAAGGUUUCCUAGUGUCUUUGGCGGCUUUCCCAUUUUCAAGCACUUUCCAUACCUCUUUCCCUGUCUAGUGUGCACUUUUAUGACUCUUCUCGGUCUUUUGUUUGGCACGUUCUGCUAUCGCGAGACCCUGCCCGGUCCCACCGGUUCAAUGUUCUCCAUGCGCGUCUUCUCGCCGACACAUAAACGUCAUUCCUCGUCUUCGACCAGCGUAUCCGACACUGAGACUCUAGUUGGCGACGACACGCCUUCGACUGAGAUGUUGUUGGCUAAAAUGCCACAGGGUGUCGAUGGUCCGGGCCUAGCCGUUCUGGAGCCUCAACGAUGGGGUUUCCGAAGCCUCAUGGGCUAUCGACCUGUGCAGAUCCUCUCACUGACAAUGUUCCUCAAUUCGUUUGUCAAUGGCGCCUGGUCCGCCGCCUCGCUGCUUUUCUUCUUCGACAGGAACAAUGGCUUGAAUAUGUCAGCCGCCGCGAUUGGCAGUGCACUUGCAUUGAACGGAUUUUGGUCUAUCGCUUGCCAGCUCUUGUUCCUCACACGUAUACGGCGCUAUUUUGGCUUAGCUACUGCCUACAAGCUAUUGACCUUUGGAUGGAUACUGGUCUGGGUCCUGCUUCCACUUCUUCGGCCAAUCCUAGUGGCAGUCGAAACGCCAGUGCCAAACGAAGCCGGCUCCUUGGCGUAUGCGGAGGAGAGAAGCUGGACCGUCACCAUUUGUGUCAACCUCCUGCUAAGCUACGUGACUUUCUGUGGCAUGACGAGCAGUCUGCUCAUGGUCCUCAUCAACUUCUCCGCGCCCGAUCGUACAGCGCUUGGUGCCGUCAACGGAAUUGCCACCGCCGUCGGAUGCAUGUCAAGAGUCAUCGGUCCAUCACUGAUCAGUGCGCUUUUCGCCAUAUCCGUUGACCGGGGCAUUCUCGGCGGAAGAUUGUGGUGGGUAUUUAUGCUCUUUGCUUCUGCAGUCAACUUUAUAUGUUGCCUAUUCGUGCAGCCGGAUGCACCGUCGCCGGCUAUAUUCACCAAAGGCGAUGACGAGAGCUGAGAGAUGAGUCAUGUUACGCCUGUAGAAAAUAUGUAAAGCUGCGGUAUGACUUAUGAACAACAUAUGCAUUGAUGGU